ACCGGCGAUCGGAAUGUGAGGUCCCGGGUCAGCGCGCUUUAGAUCUGCGACCCCUAAAGCCCGCCCUUAGGUGCCUAGUACCUCAAUUCUGACUAACACUCUCGUACCUUUUUUUCAAACAUCACGUCAUUAAUCGGUCUGGCUUCAGUUGGACGCGUUUCUUGGUGUUCGAUGUUUGAACUUGAGAACACCUCAAGCCAACCGACGACCAUGCCCCAGGUCUGAGACAGCAGAAUCUUUCUCCUCGUAAACAUGGCCUCACCACCGUCUCGGUGACCAGCCUUCUGUUUCCUCGUUGGGCUCCCAAAGCCGCAGACGUGGCAUUACCAAUGGCGUCGUCGAACGAGUCGACCAUGAACAGGCGCAGAGGCAACGCAGAGACCGAAAAUGAGCGACUCAAUGAUGCUGGCGUACAUGAGAACGGCGCUGUCUCCGCGAAGACGGCACUGCUCAGUCAACAAUCCUCUUCCUCAUCUCCGCCCGCAUUCACCGCCUCCAAAACAACCGCAAUCCUGCAGAUCUGGGCACCAACCCUCCUCCUCAUCUUCGGCGGCUGCUGCUCGAACGUCUACACCCUCGAAGCGCUCAUCCACACCUCGCCGACGUCUGGUGGGCUCAUAACAGCCCUCCAGUUCCUCCUCGUCGCCCUAGCCACAGCGCCCCGUCACUUCUCGUUCUCGCGCGGCUGGCGAAACCUGUAUCUCCGCGAGCGCAACAUCCCUGUACGCAAAUGGCUCAUCUACACCGCAUACUUCCUCAGCAUCAACAUCUUGAACAAUAUGGCGUUCAAAUACCACAUCAGCGUCCCCUUACACAUAAUCCUGCGUUCUGCAGGACCCGUUAUGACAAUGGCAAUGGGCAGGUUCUGGGGUGAUAAGAGGUAUCCGCCGCACAAGAUCGUCGCAGUCUUACUUCUAUUCGCGGGUGUCGUGAUGGCCGCAGUUUCGGACGCUUGGUCGAAACAACCACCAGUUGCUCAGACGCAGAUAGCUAGCCAGAAACCAUCAGCAUCAACACAGGCUCCUGGCUUCGCGCUCCUGGCGUCUGCGCUGCUCUUGUCCGCCUGUAUGGGCCUCUUCACGGACGACAUGUACGCCACGCACGGCCGAUCCUCGUCUGUCGCCGCCGAGACACUCUUCUACAGCCACGCCAUGUCUCUUCCGUACUUUGCCAGCCAGGCUCGACCGCUGAUGCACGAACUCGGCGUUGUCACCGCCACUGCUGUUUCUAGCUUUGAGCAGGACUUUUCCGGCAAGAACGCGACGUCACCGACAACUUGGGUGAAUCCCCUACCAUUUACAACCGCACCAGACUUCAUGUCGCAGCUACUCCUACUGCCUGUAUCGCUAUCUCUCAAAAUCCCCAGGCCGAUCGCCUUACUCGCACUCAACGCCGGCACACAACUUCUCUGCAUCAUCGGCGUGAACAGGCUCUCGGCACAAUCAUCGUCCCUGACCGUCGGAAUCGUCCUGAACAUCCGCAAAUUGGCGAGCUUGUUGUUGAGUAUCUGUCUGUUCGGAAACAGUCUGCCGAUGGGUGUGCUCAUGGGCGCUGCGAUCGUCUUCCUGGGUGGAGGCCUGUAUGCUUUACCUGCUUCAGCUACAGCCCCAGCUACAUCUUCUUCAGAUACUAGACAGACGGAGAAGAAAAAGUUAUAGAACUAGAAUUAGAAAUAGAAACCAGAAAAUCUGGACAUGUUGGAGACAAAUAAAUGACUCGAUGUCUUUCCAACACAAGUCGUUGAAACCACCAAGAGACGGCACAACC